CUGAGAUUCAGCUCAUAUGUAUGCGUAUCAUGUCACUGACCAAUAUUCAAAACGCAUGUUGUUUUACUGCAUAUAUUUUGUAUGAGCUUAUUUAUUUUGUGUACAUCUUAUUAAAGACUAUCCAAGCUGUUGCUUCAGAAGAACACAAACAUCUGUAUCCAGAGGAGGCAAAGCAGUUCAACCCCCUCCCACGUUGGCAUGGACAGUAACAACGCCCCAAAUAUCCCACUAUCUCAGGAGAACAGUUUUGCAAAACAAGGCUCUCUGGGGACGCACAAUGUUAAAUGUCUACCUUCUGACCUGAAGGAACACGUUGUCACCAGCAGACCAGGCCUGGAUGAGUUUAAAGAAUUUUUGCAAGGAAGACAAGGAGAGAAACUGCUCAAUCUCUGGAUGGAUAUAACAAGGCUUAAAGCUACACGGACCCAAGAGCGUAAGAACAGGUAUUUGGUUGUGAUGAGGAGCCGGUACUUGCUGAGCUGCAGCCGUAGCAGUCUCAAUGUGGAGCUGCUCUGCAGACUGGGGCUGACUACCUCCCCCUGCUGGACAGAAGAGAAACUUCACUCAGUUCAGCCCUUACUCAUCGAGUCUCUACUCUCCUACUGGGUUCCUCGGUUCUUGACGUCCCGGUGGAUUCACGGAGGCCGAAAUGACUCCCCUCAUCCAGAGCUGUGGGCAGAGUGGUGUGUUAGGCCUCAGUCAGACACACAGCCCCAGCGUGGAUCUAACACUCUUUGCUCUGAAACCCGUUUGCCCCAGUGCCGCCAGGCUGUAUACACACAGUUAUAUUCUAGCCAAAGUCAGUUACUGGGCAGCAGAAGAAUGGAGAGGGCUCUUUCUCUUGAUUUCGAUGCCGGCUUAUACUUCACAAACUUCUGUGAACAAUCUGGAAACCAGCUGUGGGAGAAUGCGAUUUACUUUUGGACUGACCUUCAGCACUACCAUGAGCUGUUCCAUCAGGACGGACUGGACCCAUACCGGGUCCAGAGAGAGGCACAGCUCCUUCACUCCAGCUAUCUCCUCAGCUUUGCCAGGAGGAGCAUUGAUGUCGGCGAGGAGAUCAGAAGGGAGGUGUACAACCAACUGGUGCCCGCUUUUAAGGAGCUAUUUGACAAGGUCGAGGAGCACGCACUGCACAUCCUGCUGGAGCCUUGGACCCUGCUGGUCAGCAAGGACGAACAGUCCUUCCAGGCAGUGUGUGUGGAGGAGGAGGUGCGUUGCAUUGACAGCCAGGAGCCCGGGGAACCCCAAAGUCUGUACGAGGACCAACUGAAACAGGUGGAGCAGUUCAGGGCAGAGUUAUUUCCUUCUCCUGUUACACCAUCGACUCCCUUCUCAAAGGGCCCUCGGGGGCCUGACUCUCGGUCCAGAGUGUCUCCAAAUUACAAAGGCUACCGCCUGAGCUCCUUACUUCGCCACCCCCGCAAGAUCGGCCACUUAAUGUCUUUCAUGCAGAAUCACGAUGCCAGUAUCCAUCUGACCUGCUGGCUGGAUCUGGAGCAGUACAGGAGGACUCCUCAAAAAGACAAGGCUGUCAGGCAGCGGAAAGCCCUGAAUAUUGCUACCAAAUAUCUGAACAGGAAGUACUUCUUUGGCUGCACCAGCCCCGCCACCACGGAGCAACGGAAUGCUAUCUUGCGUCUUGCAGGUGGACUGGAGCUACUGGGUACUGGGUAUCUCCUUAACUCCGUUGUCCGGGAGAUCCAGGACACCAUCAGUGGUUACAUUGAGACCAAAUGGCUUCCUCUGUACAUGUCUUCAGCUGAGUUCACACAACAACGGGAACAAAAGCCAAAGGCCGACAGCUUGUGGAUGAGUGCCUCCAAGGAGAUCCUGCUGUUUCGACGGAUCCUACUCGACCCGGUCACCUGCAAACAGUUCCAGCACUUUGUCUCCCUGAAAGGAAACUUCCCAGAAAACAACGUGCGCUUCUGGCAGGAGGCGCAGAGAUACAAGGACCUCUGUCACUCCCACAGCGACGAGGCCACGAUCCAGCAGAUGAGUUCCACCAUCAUCAACUGUUUCAUCGACUCCUCCACCCCCCCGGCUCUGCAGAUAGACAUCCCUCCUCAACAGGCCCAGCGCGUUCUGGAGAAACGCCACGCGCUGGCUCCUUGCCUCUUCAGAGACGCUCAGGUAGUGUUCAUGUUUGUGUUCCAUCGUAUUUCCCUCCAGUGUGUAGUGUGAGUGUUU